AUGAGAAUCAAGAAGAGAAAUACCAGAGGUAAUGCUAGAAACUUCAUUACGAGGUCUCAAGCUGUCCGUAAGCUACAAAUCUCGCUAGCGGACUUUAGAAGAUUGUGUAUCUUCAAGGGUAUUUACCCUAGAGAGCCUAGAAACAAGAAGAAGGCCAAUAAGGGAUCUACUGCGCCUACGACUUUCUACUAUUAUAAAGAUAUUCAAUAUUUGAUGCAUGAGCCAGUUUUGGCAAAGUUCAGAGAACACAAGACAUUUGCCAAGAAGUUGACUAAGGCUUUGGGCAGAGGAGAAGUUUCUGCAGCCAAGAGAUUGGAAGAAAACAGACCAAACUAUCAAUUGGACCAUAUUAUCAAGGAACGUUAUCCUUCUUUCGCUGAUGCCUUGAGAGACUUGGACGAUGCUUUGAACAUGUUGUUUUUGUUUGCCAACUUGCCAGCUACUGACCAAGUGUCUUCUAGAAUCACACAAAGCGCUCAGCAAUUGUGUAACCAAUGGUCUGCUUACGUUGCCAAAGAAAGAUGUGUGCGUAAGGUGUUUGUUUCCAUUAAAGGUGUUUACUACCAGGCCACCGUGAAGGGUGAAGAAGUGAGAUGGUUGGUUCCAUACAAGUUCCCAGAAAACAUCCCAAGCGAUGUUGACUUCAGAAUUAUGUUAACUUUCUUGGAAUUCUACUCCACCUUAUUGCAUUUCGUUCUUUACAAGUUGUACACUGACGCUGGUUUAGUGUACCCACCUAAAUUGGAUAGCAAGAAGAACAAACUCAUUGGUGGUCUAAGUGCAUACAUCUUGGAGUCCAACGAUGAGAAGAGCUCUUUGGCUCCAAAAAUCAAUGAAAUAUCGGACAAUGUUGAAGUAAAGGAGUUAGGUGCCAAGGCUUUGAAGUCUGCCCUAAAAGCGGAUUCUGGUGAGCACGAAGAAGAGCAAGAGCAAGAGCAAGAGCAAGAAGAUGGUGUUGAGGAUGUAGAACUAGAUAAGUUCGAGGAUCACAACAAAAACCAGGGUGAUUUGUUGGAGCAACCUUCUAAAUUCGAUUCUCCAAUUGCUACUCUCUUCUCGGAUUUCGUGUUCUACGUUGGCAGAGAAGUUCCAUUGGAUAUCGUUGAGUUCUUGAUCUUGUCUUGUGGGGGUUCUGUUGUGAGUGAAGCCGCUCUAGAUCAACUAACCGACAAGCAAGAUAUAGAUUUGUCCAAGGUUACUCAUCAAAUUGUUGACAGACCAGUAUUAAAGAACAAGGUUGCAAACAGAACCUACAUUCAACCUCAAUGGAUCUUUGACUCUAUCAACAAGGGUGAAUUAGUUCCAGCUAACUUGUACUUGCCAGGUGAACCUCUACCACCACAUUUGUCUCCAUGGGGUGAUGCUACGGGUUACGACCCAACUGCUGAGGAUGAUGAAGAAGACGAAGAAGAUGAUGAGGAAGAUGAGGAAGAUGAGGAAGACAGUGAUGAGAAAGAAGAAGGCGUCGCUGAAGAAGUUGCUGUGGGUGAAGACGAUGAAGAUGAUGAAGAAGAGCUAAGGCAACAAAAGGAAUUGGAGCUAGAAGCCCAAGGUAUCUCUUACUCAGAAGCUAAGGACGUUAUCGAAACUGAUUCUGGUGACAAGAAGAAGAAGAAAACUAACAAGAGAAAGGUAACAGAGGAAGAAGAAGAAAAGGACUUGAAACUCAUCAUGAUGAGUAACAAGCAACGUAAAUUGUACAAGAAGAUGAAGUACUCUAACGAAAAGAAGGACGAAAGAAUUGAACAACUAAAACAGAAAAAGAAGCAAAUAUCUAAAAAGAAGGAAAAGUUGGCUAAGCUUGAUAAAAAAUGA